GACAUCAACAGCAUCCAGAUCAACUGGAGCCGUGGGGUGACACCGCCACGCCUGCUGUGCGGAGGUGACCCCAUCAGCUGCAUUCCCUCUGGCGCAUGCUCGCCGCUGCCCCCGCUGAACCUCGCGGGGCUUCAGGCCCAGCCGCCGCAGCCUUACGUCCAGGUGAGUAUGGACAUGAUCCGCGAGCAGGCGCGACGGUCAGUGCUGUUGGAGCGCGUGCCGCCGCAGCUGCGUGACCCAGGUGCCCUGCGCAUGCUGCUGGAAGAGCUGUUGGGCCCCGGCAGUGUCGUUUGCGUGGCGUUUGCACCAGGGGAUGCACGGCGCUUGUCCGAACUCCAGGAGGAGCGCAGCGCCCUCGCGCAGGCGAAGAGCUCCAAAGUCUUAGACCGCCUCGAGGAGAUCUGA